UUAGUAUAUAAUUUAUUUCAAAACUGUUUUAUUUUAAUUUAUAAACAUUUGUCAAAUUUAAACAUUAUUGAAUAUUCUCUUAGUACAAUAAUAUGUUACUCAAUAAAUUGAAAUUAAUAAAAUUUUUAUUCAAACAUUCAACCAAUCUAUUUGUGUUGAUCUAAAUAAUAUCACAUUUACAGACGUAGAUUCACUACAAACGGAAUACCGCAAUAUGAAUUAUGUCAUUCUUGUAGAACAUCCUUAUUAUAUAAAAUCACACGAUGGGGAUAACUUUUGUCCAGUACCUUACGAUCACGUAGUACAAUAUAAUGAAAUUUCUUAUGAAGGUAUAGAAAUAAUAAAUAAAACACUGGAGGCUGUGGUUUGUAACUGUGUGGCAAAAGAAAAAUAUAAAUUGGCUUAUACGAUUUUUUUGAAUGCUAUUGAAAGUAUGGCCUUUACAUACAUGUAUCUGUUCUGUGAGUUUGCAAUAGAAAUGAAUAAAAAACAUGCUGAAAUAUCAUUUAACUUAAAAAUAUUUAGUGAAAAACUAGCUCAACUUAUACCGAUAAUUAAUAAAGAAUGGAUUUCUCCUGAACCGUAUGAAUGCAUUUUAGAUGUUUACAAAAAUCACAAAUCUGAGGAAUACAAUUUUAAUGAAUUAAACAGAAAUUACAGAAAUGCUUUAUUAAACUGCAUGAAGUUAAUGGAAGAUAAAGUGCACUUUUUAAAAGAACCUGAAAAAGUAUUAAUGAAAGAAAUGAAUAAAAAUGAGUUAAAAGAUUACCAUAAUAUGAGUUAUUCAAUUAUUUGUUAUCACUUGACUUUAGCACAAUAUUCACCUCCUUAUAAAUAUAUAACUGGAGAUAUAUAUCAAAUCGCAUGUGCUAAAUGUAAUAGAAAACACGAUAACAGUGUUUUAAAUUGGAAAAUUUACUUUUUUUCCCCGUGUGGACAUGGCUGGUCAUGUGAAAGGUGUGUUAAAAAAAUUGAAGCUUGUCCUGUAUGUAAUGAAUUGAUUACAAGUACUCAAGAUCUAAAUAUAGAAACAUCUGUGUCAAUAGUACCCGAAGUGUAUGAGCCCUUACCACCAAGAUGUAUCUUAGAUGGACGAGAAGCACGUUGUGUAAUGUGUCGCAGUCAAGUAACAGAUGAUGAUGAUGAUGAACUGUCAAAGAGUUACAUAAUGAUACCAUGUGGUCAUGGUUGGUAUUGUGAAGAUUGCAUUGAGAACAAAAAGUGUUCAAUAUGUUUACAGAAAAAAACAGAUAAAUUGUGUAUAAUAUUAAAAAACAAUGAAUUGGAUUCAGAAUAAUCCGUGUUCAUUAUGGCGCAUUGGUAUUACAGAUACAUUGUGUGUAAAUUUGUAAAACAAUGAAUAAAUCUAUUAAUGUUAUUUCUUUAAUUAAUAUUACUUUG